AUGUCUUUGCAAGAUGCCACCAAGCGUCUGGGACAGUUUAACUGCACAACCGUGCCUGUUGGCUUUCCUUUAGCAGAAACAUCCUCACGUGAUCUUCGAAGCUCGCACCAAGACGAACAAAGGCUGUGCCAACUCUGGGAACUUGGAAUGGCGCAUGAAGAACUACCGGCGGAAGCACGUUUUGAGAAGCGCAACGGAAGCACGAGAUCGGAAGUUGUUCACGACGCCAUUCAGGUAGCAAAUAUCGCUGAUUUGUAUUUUCGCACACUCAAUACACGUGUGUCAGUAGUUUACAUUGAAACUUGGCAAGGUACAAACCAGGCACCUAUAGACAAGAGUCAAGACAUAAGUCGUGCCUUGCUUAAUUUCAAUGACUAUACAUCACGUAAACUCUUCAAAGUGGACAAAGAUACUACGCAGUUGCUCACGGGAGAGACGUUCCAAGGCGGAGAGUCCGGAAUGGCUGUGCCAGAGACGGUUUGCACGGCCAAAUCUGUGGGCAUCAGCGUGGAUAUAAACACGUACGAGCCUCACCUACUGGCAGGAACAAUGGCUCACAUGAUUGGUCACAACAUAGGAAUGGGUCACGACGAUGGACGUGAAGAAUGUUACUGUCGUGACUGGCAUGGAUGCAUUAUGGCCCAGUCCAUAGUAGGCCAAGAAAAUGUUCAGCCGUACAAAUUUUCUGAAUGCAGUCGUUCAGAUUACAUUGAUGCUCUGAGAAUUGGACAUGGAAUAUGUCUCUUAAAUAAGCCUAAUGAGGCGAAUAGUGUGGGGUGGUUGCAGCUGGAGGUUCGGCGGACUUGUGGGAACAGCAUUGUGGAGGAUGGGGAAGACUGUGACUGUGGCACUAUUGACGAGUGCCAUGAGCUCGACCCCUGUUGUGACCCCAUCACCUGCAAGUUGACCAAAGAAGCGGAAUGUGCCUCGGGACCUUGCUGCAACAACUGUAGGAUAUUGUGUGAAUCCAACCUUACUGAUUCCAAAAAAUUGAUUUCUCCGCAGUUGCGGUCGCAAGGCGUCAUCUGUCGUGAUGCAACAAAUGAAUGCGAUCUUCCUGAGCGAUGUUCUGGAGAAACCGGCCAGUGUCCCCUUGACAUCCACAAGAAGAAUGGAAUUCCGUGUGGGACAGGUUCUACAGGGUAUUGCUUCAAUGGCUUAUGUCCCACUCUGAAUAUCCAAUGUGAACAGAUAUGGGGAUACGGUGGUAUAGCUGCAGAUAAACAAUGUUUUGAUCAAUUUAAUUCUAAAGGCUCAAUUAAUGGCCAUUGUGGUAUAGAUACAAGUGGACAAUAUGUAAAGUGUGAACCUGAAAAUGUACACUGCGGCUCGUUACAAUGCCAGUUAGGCAAUCGGUAUCCCGUUGUUGCUGGCAAUGACCAAUUAUAUUCAAGGACAAUCAUUUCAAUCAAGGGCGUCGAGUAUGAAUGCAAGGCUACCAAUGGUAUUCGUGAUACAUCUGACAUGGGUCUUGUACGAGAUGGGACACCAUGUGGAGAAAACCUGGUAUGUAAGAAGUCACUUGAAUUGUCAAGCGGUCCUCAUAUAUGUGUGAAUCAAACAUGCACAAGUAUAUUUCCACACAUCGAUCAAGGCAAAUGUCCCAGUAAUCACAAUAAUUUGGAAUGUUCUGGCCAUGGGGUGUGUUCAAAUAUCAACAAAUGUUAUUGUGAACCUGGAUGGAGUGGCGCUGACUGCUCCAUUCAAAUGGAAGUCACUGUUUCACCCCUUCAUACCACAGCUACUUCUGCAACACAGCAAGAGAGCGCCAGUAAUGACCUUUCUUCAAUAAUGACAAAGAAGGAAACCCCCUACGGUGGGAACAAUAACAACCUAAGCACUUUAUCUAUGGUGUUUAUUCUUGUCGGCGUGGUGAAAGGGGUCUUCAUUUGCUUUGCAUUAAUGGCUGUUUGCUACAGAGAGUUAUCAUGGCACCAACACGGUGUUUUUGGUAGUAAUGCUGAUGUCCGUGGUAGGGGGGGUUUUCAUUGUUUUUGCCCUGAUGGCCCUUUGCUACAGGUCAGUUGUAGUACACAAAAACUUCUCCCUGUGCCUCAGACUUUAUUUUCAGUGAAAUCUGCAACAUUCUUGAAUUUGUUUUUCAGUAACCGUGAGUGAAGGAAGAGCACAAUGCCGAAAUAUGACUCACCAUAUGCAAAAAAGCCAAUGAUGAAGAAGUAUGCCACCAAAGGGCCUAAUCGUAACCCAGAAGAAGCUGCUAUGGAAAGUGUCAACAAGAUUCUUACAUUUGGCAGCAUGCCGUCCUAUAGUCGCGCAGAUUCCCAGCGUGUGCUGUUCCGCCCGAUGAACCAUAUGACAACAGGACUCGCCUCACGCUUCCAGCAGGAACACAAAAUUCAACAAAUGAAACGCAUGGGAUCAGGUAGUGAAGAGGAUGCAACUCACUCAGGGGAUGAAACUGUGUCCUUCAUUGAUCUCCCUCCCAACAACCUCUCCAAAUUACCAGAAAAGGGCAUUUUAAAGAAAUCAGGACCCUAUGGCACUGUAAUGGGUGAUGUAUGUAAAGAGAAGUGGUCUGAAGAUUCACAGUCUGACAAUCAAGAAAUAAUGUCUCAGUCAGACAAUAAUUUGGGUCCUGAUAUGAUGGGUGGAGGAGGAGGAGCUAUAUCUGAAGUUGAGAGAACCUUGAAAAGCCUCAAUGGUUAUCAUGAGGAUAUCCUUGAAGCACUGCGAACUGCGGCAAGCCAUAGAGGAACUGCAACUCCCUCUGGAAGUAGUAGUUUACUCAGUGAAGAGAUAAUUCGAAAGUCUUUAGCUGAGUGUAGUGGUGGCAGUGGCAGUGUCGGUAGCGGUGGGGGUGGCGGGGGGAGUGCGGGAGCGUAUGGUGACUAUAAACGUUCAGGCAGUCAAGAAAAAAUUUGUGAUGGUGUUCCUCAAACCCACACAGUAAUGGUGGAAGGAGUUCACCACGUUCCGCACCACUCCCACCACACACACCACCCGGCUCAGCCACAGCCUCCUGAUGAAGACGAGGAGGAUGAAGUGCCUCCAUCAUGUGGACCUAUUCGCAUCAGGAACUUGGAAGAUCUCAUUCGCCAGUUGGAACACCAUUCAGCUCGCCACAUGAGCCCUAGUGGUUCGGAAGAUAUACGAAUGUCUGAGACAGAGGCAGAUCGGCAUUAUCGUCUUGAGUCCGCUACUUGCAGUGAGCCACAAACACGGUGCAGAGGACGUGAGGAAGAACCAAGGUUUGUUUAUGGACGAUAUCGACAUCCUACUACCACUCGGCAUCCACCCACAUACCAUCAACAUCAUAUGCAGGAGGAAGAAAGCAUCUAUGAGACCGCUGAUCAUGAUCGAAGUGGUGAACAUCUUGUUGGCGACACACCAGAUAGUGAAAGUGAUGAAUUUAUUCAAGCUCAACAACAGCUAGUCCGGUCUGCGAGUGAGGAGGCCCUGCCCGUCACCGCCAAGCUGGGCUCGUCCUACGAACGCGGCUUGAACGUGUCUGCCGGCCACCACUCUCGCCACAUGCUCACCCACCCUCAGCCACCCACGGUGAGCCCAGCCAGUCUGCUGCGCCGCGCCGACAAGGGGCGUCACGGCCCGCAGGCUGGGCCGCGGAUGCGCCCCACCGACGCCGGCGCGGAGCGCGCGAGGCGCGGCCGGCGUGGGGGCGCCCCCCGCGGAGCGGGCGGCGCGGGCGGCGUGGGCGGCGCGGGCGGCGACGGACCUCGUCGCUCGCUCAGCGAGGACUCGGCAGAGGAAGAAGACAACGACUCGUCUCGGGAGACCGCAGCUUCGUCGUCUGUAUCGGGCACGGAACAGACAGCGCUCUUGCGGCCGAAACGCUACCCGGAAUACAAGCACUGA